AUGGAAGUUCAUCACCUUCACCGGCAUAUGAACUACAAUAGCCAUAUACUUGAUGGCUUAUACGAAGAUCCCAAACUGAAUAUGGGUAACAAUGGCCAUAUCAACACGUCCCCUAAUGAGUUGCAAACUAAUAUCAAAACAGGUAAGAAUAAGUGUCCUUACUUUAUUUAUGUUUUUUAGUUCAAAAUCGUAUUUUAGACAUUACUUUUAGUUUUUUGUACCCAAAAAAAUAUUUUUAUUUACAUUUUUCGUUUUUAUAUUAAUCAUGCUUAUUAUGUUGCCUCCUAACCGCUUUUAUAAUUACUGCAGAACCAUCGUACUCUUCUUAUGGCCAUCACUUUGCAGAGAGUACCUCUCCCUCAACCUCAUCCCCAGUCCAGCUCCACAACUAUGCUGAGACCUUUGAUACCAAGCCUUUACUAGCUGCCACUCUACCACAAUGUCCUCUACCAUCUCCGUCACUAGGCAGUAACAUGCCCGUAUCUUCCUCACCAAACUCGCUAGAUGGCAAAAGUUCGAAGUCUCACGAUAGAAAACGACCGUACCCAUGCUCAAUGUGCUCUAGUCGGUUCGGCUCCAAAAUGGAGCUGGAAGAGCACCAAAACAGUCACACGGGUCAGAAGCCAUUCGAAUGUGAUGUGUGUCAAAGCAGAUUCAACCGAAGGUCGACGUUGUGGAAUCACAAGAGAAUCCACUCUGAUGCCAAACCUUUUUCGUGCACGGUGUGUCAGAUGACAUUCAAGUGGAAGAAUUCAUUGAAAUGUCACAAGGAAAUGCAUUUGAGAAAGAACGAGACUAGUGCCGCCAUGGAUCACGACAUCAAGAUGUUGACUUAUGCUACCGCGGCCAAGAAAAAGCUGGUAAGGCAUUGAUAUAUGUAUACGUUUUAAAAUACAAAAUUUUUAAAAUUUCAAAAUAUUUUUAACUGAAAUAAUUGUAUUUAAAGAUAAAAAUUAGUCAAAACUAAAGUUUUUUUGACCAAACAUUACCUAAAAACCUAAAAUAUCAAGUAUAAAGCCAAAAUUGUAGGCCGAACAACAUGGUGGUACCUUCAACGCACCCCUCCAAACCACCACCAACCCCAACAACAAACGAAGAAAGGGCCGAGGUGGCAAAAAACCUUCAACUUCACUUCUGCCUUCAGAACUGCUUCAACACAAAGACGCCAACAUUCCCGUUGAUCUCCUGAAUCACAUGGAUUCUAGUCUCUACAACACCCAGAAUCCCACCACAACUCAGAAUCCUCUAGAAUUCAAUAUUCACUCAAACAACUUGAUCAUGCAAGCGAUCCAACAGCAACAACAACAACGUGAGGAUGUUCACCAUGAUCAGUUCAUGAUAGGUCAGCCUCACAACGAUGUGAUUCAGAAUCACCAUCAAGUGCAUGAGAAUCAGCCAGCCCAGAAUCUGUUUAAUCAGCUGGACGGACAGUUCCUGGACAGUCAGAAUAAUCAACAGCUGAGGCUACAGAACUUCUUGAACCCUAUGAAUGUGUUUCAACAACAAUUGGGAUUGGCCGCUAACAAUGAGGGGAGCGGCAAUCAGCUGGUAAGGUUUUAAAAUUUAUGCAAAUUUAAAAAAACAAUUUUUAAAUUUAAAAUUUUUAUUUUUUCAUUUCAUACGAAAAUGAAUUGUAUUUGACAAACUCUUACGCUUGUUGACAAUUAAUUUUAUUUCAGACUCAAUCCGGUUACAUGAACUCGGUAGCCGUCGCUACGAGCAACGCCCAAACUGGUUUGGCCGAUCAGAUUCAAAACCACGUUCAUCAAAACACACCGGUCGUAAAUAAUCACCUGGACGGGGUCCUGAACUCACCUCAGAACUUGUAUCCUCAACCGGUAAGGGCAAAGUCCAAAAACGACCAAAAACUUUAAAAGUUCUAGAUGAAUCAUAUUCAUUUCAAAGUAAUAUAAAGCAUAAUCAAUCCAAAACAUAUGCUAUUACCUAAUAUAACACCCCACCUUUGCAGAUCGAUCCCAGCAUUCUCCUAAACCAACAGCAGAUCCAGGUCCCGGUCGAUUACAACUGUGAAAUCUUCAACUCGAACCAAAUGUACCAGUUCCAACAGUACCAUUUGGAGCAGAACCAGACUAGUCAGCCUCAGAAUGUGCCAAGUUCAAUUCAUGCUGACCUAGUUCAGCACCAUAAUGUACUCGAAGAGAACGUGUCAUUUCCGCCAGAAAAAUUUCAAGAAUUCGCUAAAAUGCUUCCCUUUGACAAAUGGUAA